GAUGAUCGGGUCUUGGGCGUGUGGGAUCGACCCAGGUCUCGAAUCCAAGAGAUAUCAUACCAUAACUAAGAUCAAACCAAAAGCACUACCGCAAAUUUGGCCUUCCUUCAUGGAGCAAUCGGUGCACUCAAUUUCUGGGAAACUUGCAUCAUUUAUGCCAGGAUAGAGCAUGCUUCAACUUUGUACGAGAUGAAGAACUGGUCUAAACUCGUCCGUUCUGUAUCAUGGAGGUCCCCAUCCCCAAAUAGUUCUCUAUUGCAACGUUGGACCAAGUUGCCCACCCAUCUGUGAUUUGAUGUAAUUCAGUGGCGUCUGCUUGAUCCCCGUGAAUGCCAAUCCCGGUUGCUCUGCCUUCAACACGAUGGCCAUUUAUAGUCAAUGUUUCCCGCGCUUCUGCUUCCAUCAAAUGAUGUUCUCUAGGCCGCCCAAGACCCCAUUCAUAUUGAAGCACUCUCUGAGCUCCUCCCCCCAUUUAAAUCAAUCGCCUCACCCGCCCCAGUUUGGUAUCAUGUUCGAUAUCGAUGGUGUGAUCGUACGCGGCAAGAAGGUCCUGCCUUUUUCCCCCGGGGCCUUUCAACGUUUGGUCGAUUCUCAAGGCCGAUUUCGAGUGCCCACGGUGUUCGUCACCAAUGCGGGCAAUUCCUUACGACAAACUAAGGCUGAUCAAUUAUCUGACUGGCUCAAUGUCCAGGUGACGGAAGAUCAGGUGGUGAUGUCGCAUUCGCCCCUGAAAAUGUUCACCAAGUAUCAUAAUAGACACGUGCUAGUCACGGGUCAGGGACCUGUAGCCGAGAUUGCGGCCAAUUUGGGCUUCACUAAUAUCACCACCAUUUCUCAAUUGCGGCACGCGUUUCCGUCGCUCGAUGUGGUGGAUCACAAACGUCGGCGUACCGCACCGUGCUCAUUUGAAACCUACUUUCCUCGCAUAGAAGCCGUGGUUCUUUUUGGCGAGCCUAUACGAUGGGAGACGCCCUUGCAGCUCUUGAUUGAUGUUCUCACCACUCAGGGUUUGCCUUGUCAGGCCCCGAAAACCGUGCCCUACCCUCAUAUUCCCAUCUUAGCUUGUAACAUGGAUUUGCAAUGGAUGGCCGAAGCCGUUCUACCUCGAUUUGGUCAUGGGGCAUUUCUCACUUGUUUGGAAAACUUGUACCAAAAGAUUACUGGUCACGAUCUCGUGUACUCAGCCUUGAUUGGCAAGCCAUCAGAAAUUACCUACCGACACAGUGAGCACAUGUUGCAAGCGGCCGCCAAGAAAAUUGGACUGGACCAACCCGUUCAGAGCAUCUAUUGCAUUGGGGAUAAUGUGUGCACGGACAUAUUUGGUGCUAAUUUGUACCAUAAACAGUUGAGCAAACUCGCCAGUGAGGAGGUCUCAACUCAUCAGACUCCCCUGGCCGCCAGUCGAAGCUUUGAGCACUUGAUGGGACCCGAUGAAAGCAAAUUUAAACCCGAAGCUAAACGGUGUUACUCGAUACUGGUCGAAACGGGCGUAUACUCGUUUGAAGAUCGGGCCUCGCUCAACUGGAAUCACUCACCGCGAGAUUUUCUGCCUGUGGAGGAGAAACUCCUGGAGCCGUCCUUUUUGGUCCCUAACGUAAGCGAUGCCGUGGACUUGAUUCUUCAAAGAGAAGACUUUCAUUAAAUCACUCAUAAGCAAUAUUUUGCGAGAUCUGUGUUCAUGUCGAUUCGAUUGCAUCACUAGAUCAAUUGAUAAGCAAUAGAAAUGCAUCUUCAUUUAUGUACGCCUGA